AGUCCCACACCAGGCCGGGGCGUUCGUCCCUGCCUGCUCCUGUGGGUGUGGUUCCAGAUGGCCUGUAACUGCUUUGUUCCAGACACAGGGUCAUUUGCUUCCCAGCUGAGCUGAGAGAGUUCUUGGAAGGCUGUCCCACCAGCUUCUCAACAUGGCUCUCAAAGAGGGACUCAGGGCCUGGAAGAGGAUCUUCUGGUGGCUGAUCCUGCUGGCAGUCAGCUUCUCAGGGCUGCUCCUGUACGGGCUCCCGGCCGUCAGGCACCUGGAAACCUUCAUCCCCAUGGGCACCUGCCCUUUGACCAGAAUGCCCCUGCUGAGAGACAACUUCACAGGUCUCCUGCAUCUCUGGGCCCGGCCUGAAGUCCUGACCUGUACCUCCUGGGGGGCCCCCAUUGUUUGGGAUGGCACUUUCGAUCCAGAUGUGGCCCAGCAAGAGGCUAUACAGCAGAACCUCACCAUUGGGCUGACGGUCUUUGCUGUAGGCAGGUACCUGGAGAAGUACCUGGCGCGCUUUCUGGAGACAGCCGAGCAUCCAGAAACCCAGGCCUGA